GUAGCCAGCUUCAGUACGAAUUGGUUCUCCAUUGCUAUAUAUACAGCAAAUAAGCAUAUAAAAAAUAAAUUUGUGUACUUUACUUGUCUACUACCUUACUUAGGUUAAGUUUUUGUUUUCUGCUCACUCUGUGCCGCGAACAACAUUACUGAACGCAACUAAUAUUAAGCAACUUCAAGUAGGUUACUAACAUCUGUGAACUAACCUAAAAAUGUAACUGUUUAUCACCUACACCUACUUUUUAAUAAUAUAUUUCACUUACAAUUUUUCAAAAUGAUGCAACAAUAUAUGAAAGAAUUAGAGCAAGAACCUUUCGAUGCUGAAGAAUUUGUAGAACGUCUAGCAUGGAGAACUUUAGCAGAAUCCAAAAAUGGGGGAGAUGAAAAUGAUAUUAAUCCUGCAUUAUUACAAGAGUCUUUUGUGCAAGCUAUCAAAGAUCUGAACUUGCUACACGAGCGACAGCAAAAGAAAUGUGAAAAAUUAGAAGUAGCAGUCAGAGAGGAUGAAGCAACAUUUUUUCAAGAGAUAUAUAAUUUAUUGGAACAAAACAAGCAAGCUAUGGAGACGUUUCAAGAAUUGGAUGGUAAAAUUAAUCACGUAGCAACCAAAGUACUCCAUUUAGGUGAUCAAUUAGAUAGUGUUAAUGGACCUAGAUCUAGAGUUGUGGAUGCUCUGAAAUUAAUGAUUCAUGUAACUGAAUUUUUAUCAGAAGAUUCAGUUUUAUCACCUAUAUUUACAAGACCUGAACUGAUAGACGAUGCAGCUGAUAUAAUCCAGAAAUUAUAUUUAAUCUCUCAGGAUUUACCACCUAAAUUUGACAUCGCCAAAAGAAAAAUAGAAAGGAAAUACUCUGAUAUUGAAAAAGCUUUGAUAGAGGAAUUUGUGAUGGCUAUGGAUAACGAAAAUCUAAACAGAAUGAAAGAAAUAGCAACAGUAUUGUCACAAUUCAAAGGGUAUUCCCAAUGUGUAGAUGCUUACAUAGAUCACAGUCAAGUGGGAUGUUUGUCUAGUAAAGACGUUUUUGUAAAUUUUCUAACUCUUUGCAAAUAUAACAACGAAAUAAUACAGAAGGUAUUUAGUAAUCCAGAACAAGUGAUGGCAAAAUUUGUUUUGAAUAUAUACCAACUAAAAUUAGUUGAAUACAUUGAACAGAGGUUAAAUUCUAAACUGGGCACAUAUAGUUAUUUGCAGACUUUAUAUGAACUAUAUUCCAAGACGAAUCAGUUAUCGAACGAUCUAAGCGUUUUCAAUAUGGGAAAUGACAAAAAUUAUUUGGCAAAAUUAACAACAAACAUUUUCAACAAAUAUAUCAAUGAUUAUAUAACAAUGGAAUUGAAAUGCCUCAAAGACAAAUGUUCUUCCAAUUUACAAAAAUAUUAUGAAUCCAAAAAUCAUCAAAAGAAACAAAUACAAUCUGGAGGCUUUCAAGAUCUUCGAAGAGAUCUACAAGCGGUAAUAGGAACUAGAGCAAAUAUCAACAUCGCCCAAAUAGAAAAUUAUGGCGGAGAAACUUUCCUUUCGGAAGAAUUAGCGAUUACUAUCCUUCAAGAUACCAAACAUGCUUUCCAACGCUGUCAAUUGUUAUCCAAGCCCACAGAAAGAGCAGGAAACGCUGCACAAAUUUUGGACAGAUUGAUAAAUAGUCUAUUGGUAGAACAUGUAGAUUAUGCUGUCGAAAUAGGAUUACAAGCUGUACCUGUAGUGGAGGGAGCCAAGAAUCCCCCAAUUUUGUAUUUCUUCAGCGUUGUACAUCAUAGUAAUAAUAUAAUACAUUUAGUUGAAAAACAAUUCAUGGAUCUGGUAGUUCCUUUAGUCGAGAAUACGCCUAAACAUAACGAUUGCCUACAGAAAAAAAAAUUUGUUAUGGAAGAUACUGAACGUAAAAUCAAUACAGGCUUAGAUAGGUGUUUAAAUGCGAUUUCAACUUGGGUUAAACUCUAUCUUCAAACAGAACAAAAAAAAUCCGAUUUUAAACCAGAAUCAGAUGAUUUUGAUACUGUAGCAUCACCCGCCUGCAAAAAUGUAAUAAACUAUAUAAACAGUAUUAUUAAAGAAAUUAGAGCUAACUUGGAUGGUAAUAACGUCACUGCUAUAUUACAAGAACUUGGAAUUAGGUUACACAGAGUGAUAUAUGAUCAUAUGUUGCAGUUUCAAUACAACACUGCAGGAGCAAUGGUGGCCAUUUGUGAUUUAAAUGAAUAUAGACAUUGUACGAAAGUUUUAGGUCCUUUGGUGACUGAAUUAUUUGAAACUUUACAUGCUCUCUGUAACCUUCUUCUAGUGAAACCUGAAAAUUUACAACAAGUUUGCUCAGAAGAUUCAUUGGUUAAACUGGACAGAGCAAUUCUUCAUAAUUUUGUACAACUUCGAAGCGAUUUUAAGGUUCAAAAACAAACUAUUUUAAAAGUGUAGGUGUAACGAAAAUCUUGUAUAUUUUAAUUAACAAAUAAAUUAGUUAAGUAUA